GUUCAUAGUUGGGAUGUGCCACGAGUUUAGGUUCAAACGGACGUAGUGCUAGGGCUUCGUCUCUUACCUUCUUUCUUCUUACCUGCAGCCACCGAAGCCUCCGAGAGAGAAAAGACUUCUUUUAGUGGUUCGUCGUCGUUGGCAUUCAAAGAGACAAUAUGUCUGGUGUUGAAGCUGCGGGAGAAGAGGCUAAACCGUUGGAUUAUAUUCCGGAGGUGAUAUUGAAGAAGAGGAAGAAAAGGGAUGAGCUUGCUUUUCUCCGUAAGAAGCAGCUUGAAUUGGGAAAUUUCGGGAAGAAGAAGCAGAAAGUUUCCAACAUCAAACGGCCUGAAGAUUUCGUGCUUGAGUUCAGGGCUAAGGAGCUGGAUAAUAUCCGGUUGAAGCAAAGGAUGAAGAGGCUCAAAUCAUCACCUCCAAAACUAAAAUCAGACUUGCUCUUCAUCAUUCGCAUACAAGGCAAGAAUGACAUGCACCCGAGAACCAAGAAGGUUCUCUACAGCCUCGGAUUAAGGAGUGUAUUCACCGGUGUGUUUGCUAAAGCAAGUGAUGCUGUACUCCGGAAGUUGCUGAAGGUGCAGCCUUAUGUGACUUACGGAUACCCGAAUUUAAAGAGCGUAAGAGAACUCAUAUUCAAGAAGGGUUAUGCAAAGGUGGACGGCAACCCAGUUCCUCUCACUGACAACACCAUCAUUGAACAGGCACUUGGGAAACAUGGAAUCAUAAGCAUAGAGGACUUAGUGCAUGAGAUUUCGAAUGUCGGUCAACACUUCAGGGAGGUCAUGAAAUUCUUGGGACCCUUGAAACUCAACAAACCGGAGAGGGAUUGCUUGCAUGGGAGAAAACAGGUUUUCAGUGAAGGAGGCGAUACAGGGAACCGUGAAGAACAGAUCAAUGAUCUGAUCAGCAAAAUGAAUUAACAACAGCAUCAAGAUGUGUUUUUCACGUUGAUGACAACUAUCUUUGGUUAAAAUCUGUGCGAGGCCAGGGAAUGCUGUGGAGUUGUUCCUCUAAAUUUUGUAAUUUGAUAUUAUAAAAAGCAUAAGAACCAUUGUAUUUGAUAAUUGGAACCUAAAGAUUUGCAGUUUCUGCCUCA